GCUCUGAGCUUUCCAGUAUUCAUAACCUAGAUGGCCGAACAUACCACUACGCGUGUCAAUGCUCAUCAUCUUCCAAACUUCAUCGGACGCCGUGUCCUCAUAGUGGGAAAAAUUCUCAAGUUCCAGGAUGACGUUGCUAUCAUGCAAGCAUGCGAUGACCUUCAAAUUGAGAUCCGCCUGCCUCCUACUGGGAGUAAUUUGACGGAUACCUUCGUAGAGGUCGUUGGCUCGGUUGUGGAUGCCUCGACGGUGAAAAUGUUAGCCUGUACUAAUAUGGGUUCAUCGUUGGACACCAAGCUUGUCAAGGAUGUAGUUGACCUAACGCACGACCCAAAGUUUGCUGGGAGGAUGUUUUGAAAAUAUGAUUCGGCGCCGUCGCCUCAACCUUCCCCAUCAUCUCUUCUCUGAUG